AUGUCUAUGUGCGAUGACAAUCUGCUCUGCAACUACCCAAAGUGUCGGGCGAAACUGUGUGGGUUCGCCUGGGUCACAGCUUGCUCUCACGCCUUCUGUGACCAACAUGGAUCCGGAGAGUUCAGCCGCUCCCCGGCAAUAUGCCCGGCCUGCUCCUCUGCACUCUCGGGGAAGCUGGACAUCGUGCGCACUGAGCUGUCGCCAUCUGAGGAGUACAAGGCCAUGGUGUUGGCGGGACUGAGGCCAGAGACAGUGCUGGACAUAAGCGCCCGUGCCCUGGCUUUCUGGACUUACCAGGUGCACCAGGAGCGUAUGUUCCAGGAGUACAGUCUGUCCCGGGCCGAGGGUCAGGUGAAACAGAUGGAGAAGGUGCUGACCCAGCAGAACCAGAGCAGAGAGCUGGAGCUCAAUGCCAUGAGAGGGGAGAUCACCUCACUGAAGAAGGUGAUGGAGGAGUACAAGAGGAAGUACAGUGAAGUGUCAGAGCGUCUGAUGGAAAGGAACAGACAGUACCAGAAGCUACAGGGGCUCUAUGACUCGCUGAGGCUUCGCAACAUGGUGGUGGGGGACAGAGAGGCACCACGCCAGCCAGGACCCCCGGAGUUCAACACAGGGGUGGUCAGGCAGCCCUCUCCCCGGGGGAGUCCUCACUUCCUGGGCAUGGGCCCUGAGGGGGACAGCCGCCUUUUCUCCUCCCUGGAGCCCGAUGCUGGAGCCAAGACCUUCUUCCAGUUCAGCUCUCCUGCCAGAGACAGGGGCCGGGCCUUACUCAAGAAAUACUGA